AUGCUGGCAUGGCCCCUAAAGAUAACAGAGUUAAACAUGGGAAUCAUAAAUAAAAGAGAUCCAGAACUUGUACAAUCUGUUAAAGACCAUAAUGUUAAUUCAGUGCCACGGAUUGAAUCGCAUUAUUUAAGAGCUAACACGUCUAGAGAAUUUAUAGAUGGUGGUCCAAUUGCUGAAUUACAUCGUAAUUACAAGACACAACGUUCUUCUCUACAGAAAGAAGCAGUAACUUACGACGUCUACGCAAAAAUUUUUAAAACUGAUUUUAAUAUAUCUUUUUUUUCAAAGAAAGAUCAGUGCGAUCUGUGUGAAUCUUACAAAAAUGCCGUAGGUGAAGGCAAAGACAAGUUGCUCCUAGAAUAUGAGUUACAUCAAAGAGAAAAACAAUUAAGUCGUAAUGAAAAAUCCAAAGAUAUAGAGACCUGUAACGAAGCCAACAGUAAUACCCUAGUCUUUAUUUAUGAUUUGCAGGCAGUAAUGCCAAAACCAAUAGGUGAAUCGUCUGCUUUCUACUACAAGUCAAAACUCAACUGCUUAAAUUUUACUAUAUCUGAU